AACUAUUCCCAAAAAAAAAGAAAAAAAGAAAAAAAAUUCGCUGUUCAUCUUCAUCAUCAUCAUCUUCUAGGGUUUUCAAGAAUCAUCUAUGGAGAACCCCAACUCAAAUUCCACAGACUCUCAAACACCCUUUGAUCCCAAUUCCAAUUUCAACCCCAGAACUCCAUCUAAGACUAAUAAUAACAAUAAUAAUUUAAUCCCUGGUUUCAAUUCAUAUCAUCCUUCCCCUUCACGUUCAAUUUACAGUGACCGUUUCAUUCCUAGCAGAACUUCAUCUAAUUUUGCGCUUUUUGGGUUGCCAUUGUCGCCUAAGUCUUCUAAUACGGAGGAUUCUAAUAAUGGGUAUACUUCUCUUCUUCGUACUGCGUUGUUUGGGCCUGAUUCGGGAAAUGUAGUGAAUCCGGUCACACCGGAGAAGGGUGUUCGUGGGAAUGGGAGGAAUUUGAAGAGACCCAAUUGUAAUAUUUUUAGGUAUAAGACGGAGACAAGACAAAGGUUGAAUUCUUUGUUGCCUUUUGAGUUUGAUGACCAGAUACGUGGUGUUAGUACUAGUCCUGUUAAGGUUCCCCGGAAAGUUCCAAAAUCGCCUUAUAAGGUACUGGAUGCCCCUGCAUUGCAAGACGACUUUUAUCUGAAUCUUGUGGACUGGUCUUCACAGAAUGUGUUAGCUGUGGGAUUGGGGAGCUCUGUAUAUUUAUGGCAUGCAUCUAAUGGCAAGGUAGUGAAGUUGUGCGACUUGGAAAAUGAUGAUAAUGUUACUUCAGUUGGGUGGGCUCAGCGAGGUACACAUCUUGCUGUUGGAACAAGUAAUGGGAAAGUUCAGUUAUGGGAUGCCUCUCACGGUAAGAUGACAAGAACAAUGGAGGGACAUCGUUUAAGAGUUGGUGCACUAUCUUGGAGCUCCUCCCAGUUGUCUUCAGGAAGCCGGGACAAGAGUAUUCUUCAGCGUGACAUACGAGCUCAAGAUGAUUAUGUCAGUAAGCUAAGUGGUCACAAGUCAGAGGUUUGUGGGCUCAAAUGGUCUCCCGAUAGCCGUGAAUUAGCUUCUGGUGGAAAUGAUAACAGACUUUUCGUGUGGAACAACCAUUCAACACAACCUAUAUUAAAAUACUGUGAGCAUACUGCUGCUGUAAAGGCGAUUGCAUGGUCCCCCCAUCUUCACGGACUUCUAGCUUCUGGUGGUGGCACAGCUGAUCGAUGCAUUCGAUUCUGGAACACAACCACUAAUACACACCUCAGCUGCAUGGACACUGGCAGUCAGGUUUGCAAUCUUGUGUGGUCGAAGAACGCAAAUGAAUUAGUCAGUACUCAUGGUUACUCACAAAAUCAAAUAAUACUUUGGAGGUAUCCUACGAUGACCAAGAUAGCUACUCUGACUGGCCAUACGUAUAGAGUCUUAUAUCUUGCCAUAUCUCCAGAUGGACAGCUGGUAGUAUCAUCUUUGCAGAUGAUUGUGACCGGAGCAGGAGAUGAAACACUUCGGUUCUGGAAUGUCUUCCCUUCUCCUAAAUCUCAGAACACCGAGUCUGAAAUUGGGGCAUCUUCUUUCGGCAGAACACAGAUUAGGUGACUCCGUUGUAAUUAUUUCUGACUACCCCUUAACGUUGUUUUCUCACGAAGCACAAGCAGUGAAGAGGAGCGCUUUGAUCUGUUUGAUGAGAGAUACUUGUAACCGACGUUGAUAUCCAUCAUCUUUCAAUAGCAUGUAUUAGACUUCAGAGUGAUUAUUCUGUGAAUAGAUCAAAAGUGUACAGUUAGAGAUGUUAUUUAUUCCUCAUUAACAUCUUUCGGGCGUUCUGUAAUAUAAGAGAGAGAGGGAGGGAGAGAGUUUUU